AUUAUGUUUGGGAUUAUGGUGUUCUCCUUUCAAAUGAUGAAAAAAGAUACAUACAAGUAAUGGUGCAAACACGAUUUGGAGAAGGACACGAAUUAUUUACAGAGCUGUUAUUUACAUCGCAGCAGUUUAUUCGUUCAAUUGAAGAAAAGUAUAGCGUUAGUUUGCGUGAUGUAAAACGAGCAAUUAAAUUAGUUUCGUUCUUUGAAGGAAGUCUUCGAACGCGUUCAGGUUCAGGACACUCGAGAGUAAAUAAAAACUAUCCGCCUCCUGAUGGUUCAAGCCGUAUUAAUCUUCAAAUCCGUUGUUAUAUUCUAGCACUUAGCCUUUGUUAUCAAUCUAGAAUAUAUGAUCAAGAUACGCGAAAGGAAUAUCGGCAAGAAAUGAUUAAA